GGAGGAGUCAACUGCAUGUCUCUUUCUGCAGGGUUGACGGCUGGUCUCUCUCUCCUGCUCCAGUAACUGGAGGCACAAGUUCCACCUUCACCAGCAUCAACUUCAUUUCUCAGAAAGUCUGGCCUGUGCUCCACUCCUGCAGCCAUGGCACCCAAAAAGAACAAGGCGACCAAAAAGAGUAAAGGAGACAUAAAUGACAUAACGGUUGAGAACAGCCCCAACAACAAAAUAAAUGGGUUAAACACUCUGAUUGAAGGAGGAAAUGGCUUCAGCUGCAUCUCAACUGAAGUCACUGACUCUGUGUACGCCCCUAACAUGCUGGAGGGUUUGAGCAACAUGAGACAGGAUAGCUUCCUCUGUGAUCUGACAGUCUCCGCCCAAUCAAAGUCAUUUGAUGUCCACAAGGUUGUCAUGGCCUCUUGCAGUGAGUACAUUAGAAACAUCUUGAAGAAGGACACAUCCCUCCAGAAGAUCGACCUGAAUGACCUCUCACCUGUCGGCCUCUCUACUGCGAUCACAUAUGCAUACUCAGGAAAGCUCACCUUGUCGCUCUACAGCAUCGGCAGCACUAUUGCUGCAGCAAUGUUGCUGCAGAUUGGCACUUUGGUGAAGAUGUGCAGCGAUUUCCUCAUGCAGGAACUCAGCGUGGAAAACUGCAUGUACGUGGCCAAUAUUGCUGAUGCCUACAACCUUAAAGAAACCAGGGGGGCAGCAAAGAAGUUCAUGAGGGACAACUUCAUCGAGUUCUCUGAGAUGGAGCAGUUCUUGAAGCUCACCUAUGAGCAGAUCUGCGAAUUUCUCUCAGACGAUUCCUUGCAGCUCCCCUCUGAGGUCACAGCCUUCCAGAUCGCUAUGAAAUGGUUGGACUUCGACCAGAAGAGGUUGAAGUAUGCAGCAGAUCUCCUCACCUACAUCCGCUUCGGGACUAUCUCUGCCCAAGACCUGGUGAAUCACAUCCAGAACGUGCCCAGAAUGAUGCAAGACCCAGAGUGCCACCGUCUCCUCGUUGAUGCCAUGAAUUACCACUUGCUGCCAUUUCAACAGAACAUCCUACAGUCGCGCAGAACAAAGAUACGAGGUGGUCACAAGGUGAUUCUCACCGUUGGUGGACGCCCUGCCUUGACGGAGAAAUCCCUAAGCAAAGACAUUCUCUACAGAGAUGCAGACAACGUGUGGAAUAAGUUGACAGAAAUGCCAGCAAAGAGCUUUAAUCAGUGUGUUGCAGUCUUGGACGGCUUUCUGUAUGUGGCAGGUGGUGAGGACCAGAAUGAUGCAAGGAACCAGGCAAAGCACGCUGUCAGCAACUUCUGCAGGUACGAUCCCCGCUUCAACGCCUGGAUUCACUUGACCAACAUGAUCCAGAAGCGCACCCACUUCAGCAUCAACACCUACAAUGGCCUCUUGUUUGCAAUCGGAGGGCGAAAUGGUGAUGGUGUUCAGGCCUCCAUGGAGGUCUACGUGCCCUCCUCCAACCAGUGGCAGAUGAAAGCUCCCAUGGAGGUGCCUCGCUGCUGCCACGGCAGCUCUGUGAUCGAUGGCAAGAUCCUGGUAUCAGGGGGUUACAUCAACAACACCUACGCCAGGGCCGUGUGCUCCUACGACCCCUCUACUGACACCUGGCAGGAUAAGAGCAGCCUGAGCACACCUCGAGGGUGGCACUGCGCCACCACCGUCGGAGACCGAGCCUACGUGAUUGGUGGCAGCCAGUUGGGAGGGCGCGGGGAGAGGGUCGAUGUCCUCGUCGUUGAAUCUUACAACCCGCACAGCGGGCAGUGGAGCUACUGUGCGCCUCUACACACGGGAGUGAGCACGGCCGGCAUUUCCAUUUUGAACAGCAAGAUCUAUCUCCUCGGAGGCUGGAACGAGGGCGAGAAGAAGUAUAAGAAGUGCAUUCAAUUAUACAACCCCGAUCUCAAUGAAUGGACUGAGGAUGAUGAGUUGCCAGAAGCCACUGUCGGCAUUUCAUGCUGUGUCGUCACCAUACCUACACGGAAAACACGAGAAUCCAGAUCUAGAGCCAGUUCGGUUUCAUCUGCACCAGUCAGUAUAUAAGGGUUUAGAUCUUGGAUGAUGUAGUUUACACGUCUACUGGUCUCUAGUUAGUCUGUUGCAUAAUCGCUUUCAGGCUAAAUGGACAUUACAACUUUGUUUAGAUGAGUAAAGAUCAACAGAGUCCAAGGAUUACAGAAUAUAGUACUUAUUUCCAUUAAAAAUGAAAUAAAUAAAACCAAUAAGAGUUCAGAAGAUGUGAACAUAUUUUUGAAAAUAAUAUAUAAUAAUUAGAACAUUUUGAAUCCUUAUUAUAUCUGCGGAGGAGACAAGCAAACAAUCGCAAAGAAGAGAUUUGAUUAUUUUAAGAACUAACUUCCUUCUGGGGCCAAUUCAGCUGGGAUAUUUUCAUUAGCUUUUCCUCUAACUGUAAUACUAUUACAAGCAUUAAUCCUGAACUUUGUUUAUGGUGACUUUAGCUACUGUGACUCUCACAUACUUGAACAAAUUAAGAGACUGGAAUGUGACUGGCCCGAGUGUUGGUGGCGUAAGGCUUGUGAUCAGCGCGUCAACUGCAGCACGACUCCAGUUUCUCUAAGUCCAUCUCAUAUGCCGCAUUCAGUACUCGUGUGUUUUAUGUUAUGGGAUCGUCAUAAAUGUUACUGGUGUAAGUCAAACAGAUUCUGUUGAGAAAAUGAGGGAAUGAUAAGUCCUGAAUGGAUGUAAAUGUGAAAGCAACAAAGUAUUUUGUAAAACAGAAUAAAGAAACACGGGAAGGAUGUUCAGCACCUGAGCUUUCCCAGAAGUCCUGAAUUCCCUGACUGCUCAUGUCUUUCCAUUUUAUGUUUGUUUUUAAAUUAAAGAGAUGAAGUGUAAGCUA